UUUCUACACGAUAUUAUUUUAUUACACAUUGUGCAGUGGCGCAUGCAAACAGUGCAUGAAUGCAACAUAAAAGACACAGAUAAUAUUUAAGUUAAUCUGUACGUGUGACAAGAAAAUAUUUCAAUUUAUAACCUCAAAAUGUCAUGACAUUGUCAUUUUUCGUUUGGUUUCGGCUCUAACGGACGUGGAUCAAGCAUGUUUCUGGCAAAAAUUGCGCGGUACUGAGACCGAAUCGUGCAACGAGCGUCUCGUGCUACUUAUUUAACCAUAUUUGAUAACAAUGGCAUUAAGAACAAAUGAAUUGAAACACAUUUUGAAAGGUGUUCAAGAAAUCAGUAAAGAAGUUGAUCAUUACUUUAUUAUUUACUCGUCCGGGGAAAAGGCCAAAAUCAAUAUACUGAACAGCCAUGUUUUUAAAUACUACAUGUCGCAAAAUGGAGAGUUUCUGGAAUACCCUGAGCCCCUGGAUCCCAGUCAUGAAGCCAAAAUCAUUAAAAAGACAUUAACCGAAUACGAUCCCGUCAUUUUCGAGAGAUCUACUUUGAAAGAUAGCGAAGAGGAGUACAUUAUUAAUACAGAUAAAAUAGAAAUACGUAUUCACAAAUGCAAUGCAACAAUAACCGUCAAAGAUAAGAGGACAAACAAACUCGUCAUCCAGGAAACAAAAGCUAUCUGUUAUGAAAAUGGUGUUGCAACGCAGACUUUGUUACAAAGCCACGAUGAGUAUUACUUUGGAGGCGGUAUGCAAAAUGGUCGGUUUUCGCACAAAGGAGAAGUCAUUAAAAUUGUAAAUACGAAUAACUGGACAGACGGUGGCGUAGCCUCGCCGUGUCCCUUUAUGUGGUCAAGUUAUGGAUACGGAAUCCUUAGAAACACGUGGCAAAUUGGGAUUUACGACUUCAGAGAGAAAGAAUCGUGCCAACUGAUGCACAAAGAAGAAAGUUUGGAUGCCUACUUCUUCGUUAACUCUCAGCCUAAAGACAUUUUGAACGAUUAUUAUGAACUCACCGGUAGGCCGUUGUUGAUGCCCGAGUAUGCAUUUUACGAAGCACACCUCAAUGCAUUUAACCGCGACUUUUGGGUUAAAGUUAAAAAAAACGAACCCCGUGCGAUUCUUUUCGAAGACGGAAAGUAUUACAAGUGCUACCAACCACAAGACUUGGGGGGCCGUAAAGGUGUUUUAGAAUCCCUGAACGGUGAGAAAAAAAACUACCAAUUUUCAGCUCGAGCCAUGAUUGACCGAUAUAAACGGCACGAUAUGCCUCUGGGGUGGUUUGUCCCUAAUGAUGGUUACGGAUCAGGGUACGGCCAAACCGAUUCACUGCAAGGUGAUAUAGAUAACUUGAAAAGCUUUGCAGAAUAUGCUAGAGGACAAGGAGUCGAAGUAGGAUUGUGGACAGAGUCCAACCUUCACCCAGUGGACCCUGACCAUCCAGUGAAAGGCGACAGAGAUCUUGACAAGGAAGUGGGAGAGGCAGGAGUAGUGGCGCUUAAGGCUGAUGUAGCUUGGAUCGGCAGUGGUUACUCCUUUGGAUUGAGUGCUAUAGAAAAUGCAGCAGAGACAUUUUCCAAAGUGACAAAACACGCAGUUCGACCUAUGGUUAUAAUGGUCGAUGGGUGGGCGGGGACGCAGAGAUGUGCCGGCAUCUGGAGCGGGGAUCAAAGUGGAGGCGAAUGGGAAUACAUCCGCUUUCAUAUACCCACGUACAUUGGCACAGGAUUGUCGGGACAACCUGUUGUUGGCUCUGACAUGGACGGAAUAUACGCUGGGAAAUAUAAAACAGUGAAUGUUCGCGACUAUCAAUGGAAGACAUUUACUCCAUUACAAUUGAACAUGGACGGUUGGGGCGACAUUCAGAAAACGCCAUUUUCUUUUGACGUCGAAGCGACGAACAUAAACCGGGCCUAUUUAAAACUGAAGACUAUGUUUAUGCCCUACAACUAUUCUGUAGCACAUGCAUCGAUUCGUGGUUUGCCGAUGUUGAGAGCGAUGUUUUUAGAGUAUCCGGAAGAAAAUCUGGCUUAUACUAAAGAUUCUCAGUACCAGUUUAUGUGGGGUCCUAGUGUGCUGGUAGCUCCAGUGUACAAUGGAGAUGAAGAUAUCAAUGGUGAGUCCAUUCGCAGCGGAAUAUUUUUGCCAGAUGACACCCAAAUCUGGAUAGACUUUCUUACAGGGGAAAAAUAUCGAGGUGGCAGGGUUCUAAAUGAGAUCACAGUUCCAUUGUGGAAACUCCCGGUAUUUAUAAAAGACGGUGCGAUAUUACCGAUGACACUGCCACAUAAUAAUCCCUAUGAAAUGAAAAGGGAUCAAAGGAUUUUUCAAAUAUACCCUAACGGAGAAACUGUGUUUAAUGUUUGUGAAGAUGACGGUAUAUCAACCGAAUAUUUGGAUGGUGCGGUAGCAGUAACUAACGUUUCAGUGAAAGGUCCUUCAUCAAAUCGUGCUGGUGACUUAUUAAUAACAAUAGGCAAGACUGAAGGAUGCCAUAAAAAACAUGUAGCCACAAAAGCUACUGAACUUAGAAUCAUGGCAUCUAAUAUUGGAAACAUUAAAGUUGCUUUAAAUGGAGAAGACAUAAAGAUGGUUUCAGCUAAUACUAAGGCUGAAUACGAUGAAAAUGUGGACGUUUAUUACCUGGACGAAGCAUUUAUGGUCAACCCGUAUCUUACCGCUAAGUUGACUAAUAAAAAUCUAAGCCAAAAGUUUUUAUGCAUCAAAAUACGCAGUGUUGAUGUUACCAAAACUACUAUGCAAAUUAAAGUGAAUGAUUUUGCCAAUAUAGGCGAGGUAUUUGCGAGCAACACAGUACUGAAUGAAAAUAUUGAAAUACCGAAAAAUUUGGCGGUUGUGUAUGUAACAUCAACAUCAGUCAUGCUAACUUGGGAAGCUGUAGAAAAUGUAGUCUUCUACGAAAUAGAAAGAGAUGGCGUGAUAUUCAGCCACAUAAAACAACAUAUCGGAACAUUAUUUGACGGAUUCAAAGGUGAGACGGAUCACUGUUUCAAAAUUCGGUCACUGACGGACCAAGGCGUAUCAGAAUGGAGUUCUUACGUCAUCGGCACUACCUCAGAAGACCCUCUUAGCUACACAAUACAAGACAUUAAAGUGACUUGCAACUUGCCAUGCCAAUCUGGUGAAUCCAUUGAGAAACUGACUGAUGGUGAUUGCAAGACACUGUGGCAUACCGACUGGGGUGAGCAGGGUAAAUUCAAUCCUAAUAAAGAUGAGGCCAUCAUUUUGAAUUUCGAUUUAAAUGCCGUCUAUGCAAUAGAGAAGGUAGAAUACCAUCCAAGGGAUAACGCUGGUAAUGGAAAUUUCGAAGAAAUAGAGUAUAGAACUUCAGAGAAUGGGGCGGAUUGGAGUGAAGUAUCGGGAGUGGUUGAGUGGACAUGUGAUGCUUCCGUUAAAACUAUAGUGCUAUGUGGAAGAAGGUUUCGGUAUAUGGAGCUGAGGGUACUAAAAAGUGUUGGUAACUUUGGAUCUGGAAAGCAAAUGUAUUUCUUUAGGUCGAAGUGAUUUAACGUAUUAUAAUGUACAGAGUAUAAUUAAUUAAGUAAAUAAAUAUAAGAUAGAUGUAAUAUACAGUGUGUUGCAAUUGUGAUAUACCUACUAAUGUUCAAAACUCGUAGAACAAAAGUUAUUCAGAAUGUCCCUCUGAGUCAUCCAUCCCAUUUCGGCUUAUUAUACCAAUUUUGCAACAUCCUGUAAAUCUAAAUUAUGAAUAUCAAUUAUUAAUAACAAAUAUACAUAAUUAUGAUCAUUUUUUAA